AUGGCCAACAGGAAUCACAGACUGUCCACUCAUUCCUACCAGGAAACAUUAAAUGUAAACUCAUUUCUUGGCAAAUCUUUCCAAGAUUGCCCUUCUAUUUCAAAGAGCUCCUCAGCAUUGCAAUAUGGUGAACAAGGAAGUUCUCUAUAUAAACCAGAGAUAUAUAAAAGCCUUAACAGUAUUCUCAAUAUGUCAAAUUGCAAUACAAAUAGUUUUCCUCAUUCAGAAAGUUCACAGAGGUUUCCUCCGCAAGGCAGAGAUUGUGAUUCCAGUUCUGUGCAAACCAAUUGCAAUCAUCUGUCUCCAGCUCAAGAAAAGAAGGAAGCUGGAUACAGAGCACAUCUGUCUGUUGCUUCUUCUUUAGUCACCAAACAGCAAGAGGAGAAAAAUUUUUUUGUUAGAAGCAAUGUGUCUGAAAAUGUCUCAAAGUUAGGUCUCUCUGAGAUGUCAGGCUGUAAAACUCCAAGUAUGGAUGGACUGGACAUAACUCUGAUGGGUGUCCCAAAGAGCUUCUCUGACGUCUGCUGCGGAGGUCAAACUCCAUUGUCUAGUCCUACCAUGAAACAUAAAAAAAUGAGUGCCACAUAUUCUGUUCUUUGUUCAUCUAGCAGUAUUUCUGAUUCUGCCAGUGAUAAGACUGGCACUAAUAAAUAUGACUCUGAAUCAGAUCAUUUUCCAUCAAAUAUUCAUAACAACUUAACUGAUGUAAUAUGUUCAGCCAAAGACCAAAAUAUUUCACUUUGUCAUUUGGAUAGCAGUGCUAUAAACCACAACAUCACAUUAUAUACAGUGUCAGGUACUUAUCACCAUGGAAUUUUGGGCCCAAAGAAUUCUGGAAAUGGUUUCCCUUAUAAUGGACACACAUGCAGUCCAAGACGUUACAAUAUUCCAGGUGUCAUGUCAUGCGAUAAUAUUGCAAAUACCAAGCAUUCUCCUCCACCAAUGAUCAUACGCAACAGUUGUACAAUGCAUUGUUGCACAAUCCAUGAACCAGUGGUCAAGGUGGACCACACAAUUCCUGCCUAUUGCCAUCCUCUUCCCAUACCAUCGCUUCACUUUUCACCUGGGCUAGUUUGUCCAAUACGUGACACAACAUCAGGGCAGCCAACACUACCAUUUUAUUCAUUGUUGCCUUCAUCAAAUAAACUGGAAUUCCCCAAAUUAGUGUCAUCUGUUAGUGACUCUGGCCUGGAUACGAAGAAGAUGAUUAAAUGUGGUAGGCUGAAUUUUUCAAAACCCAAAGUAUCUAUCGGAGAAAUACAAUUGAUCACUUCAGUACAAGACAGUCCUCAACUGUCUAGCAAGACUUUCAGAACUUCCUCUGAAAACCUUAAAUCCUCAGAAUUGGUUAUAAAUAAGAAAGACACAGGAACAAUGACCUCUAUGAAGUGCUUGUCUGUAGAUCAUAAACUUCCUCUUAAUUAUAAAGAUGCAGAAGUACAAACAGUCCUCAUGGAAAACAAGUCUGUUGCUACUAGCCCAGGUCGUAAAACUUCUGCACAUUCUCAUUUAUCUCAAGAUUUUGAUUUGACAUUAGAUCUCCCAGGGUUUGAGUCCCCGGUGCGUAAAGUUAGGUGGGAUGAGGAAGGAAUGACUUGGGAAGUGUAUGGAGCAUCAGUGGAUCCUGAAAUUCUGGGGUUAGCUAUCCAAAAGCAUUUGGAGGUGCAGAUAGAGCAAAAUUUACAGACUUCUGAACCAUCUGGUGAAAGCAAUGUUGAACAGUCUACAAAAGAAAAGAGGAGAUCAAUCAGGACAGUCAUGGAUUCUUUAAGGCAAACAAACUGCUGUGUGAGAACUAGCUCCCUAACUGAGUGA